AUGCCUACAAAUAUUCAAGUUAUAUUAAUUGGUUUUGACUCUAAUGGCGCAUACGAAUAUAGUUUGCCACCAGAUUCACUCUAUCAAAUAUUAACAGAAUCAUAUCCAAUUCAUUAUUCACAUUCAAUCGAAAAAUCAAACUAUUUAAAAAAUGAUGAAGAAGAAGAAGAAAACACCAAUAAUAAUAAUAAUAAUAAUAAUAACAAUAAUGAAGAUAUUUUAAAUAUUUUAAAUAAAAGAUUAAUAACUCAUUACGAUUUAAAAUAUAAUAUUGUCAAUGCACCAAAAGAAACAUUAGAAAGGUACGAACAAUUAUUACAACUUCAUAUGAAACCAUUAUCAGAAACCAAUCAAGAAUCUUCAUUUGAUGGUGAAACCCAUCUUGUUCCAAUUGAAGGUAUCGAAACAUUUAUAGAGAAUGAAAUUAAUAAAACUCCAAAAAAUACACGUGACUAUACUGUUGUACUUGUUAAUCCAAAUAAAGAUCGUGUUUUGAAAGAAUAUCAAGUUCAAAACCCAAAAGAUAGAACACCCUCAAAUAUAUUUAAAUAUCAAUUCACUAUGGAUAACAGAGAUGUAAUUUCACCAGUUUGGGUUGGCUCUGGACGUUUUGUUGUUGUAGAUUUAUCUGCAGGUCCUUUGAAAUAUGGUACAACUUUACACAAAUCCUCUGACGAACUAAUUUCUGAAGGCUCUAUUGACUAUGACUCAAUACCAAGAUUAGUUGAAUACUUUUUAGGUAGAGGUUAUAGUGGUACUAGUUUACAAGGCGCCUCACCAAUUGAAAUUGCUGCACAUAUCUCAACUAUUAUCAUCAAUUGUAUUCAAAAUGUAUUUUUAUUUGACACUAAAUAUGACUAUAUACCAUUAUUUCAAAAAAUUUUAAUACCAAUAUUAAUAUUUAAAGAUACUGAUGAAAUCAAAAUUCAAGAUCAACUAAUGGACUUAAAUUUAAUUAAAAGUGAAGCAAAAAGACUAUUCCCAUUUUCAGAAGUUAAUUUUGUAGUUGCUGAACAUUCAUUGCAUGAACAUAAACAUAUCUCGAUGGCAUUUUCAAAAUCAAUUAAAUCACACACCAGCUUUGAAAUGGAUCCAAAGACUGGACUUUUUACAAACAUUAUCAAAUCCUAUAUUGACAGUAAAGAACUUUUAUUACGUUUAAAAACUGAAGAUGACAUUUUAGCCGCUGGUCUCAUUGGAUCUGAAACCACUCAAAUUCCAGAGAGUUUACAAAAAUCAAAAAGAAAUACACCUUCUCAAAAAUCAAAAAUUUUACCAAUUUAUAUGUUUUCAUUAUUAAAGUCACCAUCGAAUUUAUUAUUAGAUAAAUAUUAUUUACAUUCAAGUGACCAAGAUGCAAUUGUUGUAUUACAAACCAAUCAUUCAUUUAAUAGUACACUCUAUAAAGGUAAUAAACAAGUCGAAGUUAAUUCAUUAACCACUACCAAUAGAAACAUUAUAGCUGGCAUUGCUGAAUCACAAGGUUUAAUGGGGCCAACUAUAAAAUACAGUGAAGCACAUGGAAGAUUAAUUAAUAAUUUCCUUUGGGGAUUUGGUCACCAUCCAUUCGGUUUCUUUAGCUCCAACAACAGCAGAAUCUCUCAAAUUUUCAUUGAUGGUAUCAUAAGAAAUACUAUUAUCACCAGUGUUCAGUCAUCAGAGAUCAAUUUAAAGUCUGCUUUUGAUAGGGUAUCUGAAUUUACACAAAAAUAUCUUUUGGACUCUUUAGGUUUCGAAAUAAAAGAUACCUCUUUAUCACAUGGUAACUUUUUAAUUGAUAGAUUAUAUCACGCACCACCAAACAAAUUACCAAUUUUAAAAUCAAUAGUUGCCAGAUUACAUGACGAUUUAGAUAAAAUUACAUUUGAAAUUAAAAAUCAAAUUGUUUUAAUACCAUCAUUUUUAUCAAUAAAUAAAGAGUUAAACAAAUUCCAAAGAGAUAAAAUUUCACAAGAUUUAGUAUUAAUUGCCACCCAAGUAAGCGGAUUUUUAGAUUAUGUUGAAAAAGAAAUUUCCAACGUCGAAAAUCAAUUACUUUGUUGUGCCAUCACAAGAGGAUCAAGUAAGGUUAGCUCCACUAAUAGAAAUCUUAGUAUACUAAUUUUAGUAUUUGCUGCUUUAGUAACUGUUAUUUUAUAUAGAAUAUCUCAAAAUCAAUCAACAAAGAAAAAACCAUUAUUGAUUAAUAGAAGAGGCAAUCUAAAUAAAAAAUAAUAAAAUAAAUUAUAUAUAUUUAUAAAACAAAUAUUUUUCGUAUUUUUUUUUUUAUAAAUUACAAAAAUAAUGAAAAACGAAAAGUAUAAAAACACAAAUAGAAAACACUAAUAAAUAAGGAAAAAAUGAAAAUAUGAAUUUUUUAAAU